AUGGGUUUUAAUUCUUGUAGUUCUUAUGGUUAUAUUAGAUUUACAACUAGUGGAUAAUGUUAAAUGCCUACCUACUAAGCAUGUUUAGAUUAAACGCAAUAAAAUUGCUUUAAUGAUAGUGUGUGUGUUGUUGAAAUGAAACUAAUUCCAAAAAGUAAUACUAAUUUUACCUGUUAAAUACCCAGUGAUUUGUCUGAUUUUGGUUGUCCAUCUAAUUGUGCAGCAUUACCUAUUUGCCAAACUUUAGGAUAUUAUUCAUCAGGAGGCAGCUGCCUAAAAAUAAGUGAUAAACAAAAGGAUUGUUUAAAUAGUCCGGUUUGUAGCGCUUCAUAUAUUGAUUCAAUUUGUAAAAGUUCUGGAUAUAUAGGUGAUAGUAAAGGCAAAUGUUUAGAACUUUAAGCAAGCGAUUGUUUAAAUUUAUCACCUCAAAAUAUAAACACUUAUUGUAAUGGAUCUAACAGUACUUGCGUUUAAAAAUACAAAUUUGUAUAUGAUAACAGCAAAUAGACUUGUACUUUUGAUUGUCUUUAAAAUUUUAACUGCCUAGAUGGUAGUUUUUGCUUGAAAAUAAACUCAAGUGAGUUAGGUGCUUUUGGAUAUUCUAAAUUAAAUUCUUAAGGCAAAUGCUACGUAGAUUUGUCUAUAAACGAUUGUAUUAAAUAUAAAUCUACAUAAUAUGUUUAUUGUCCUUAAGCAUGUAUUAUUAAAUAUAAUUUAAUAUAGUCACAAAAUGGAUGUUUAUUACCCUCUCACUCAGACUGCGAUAAUGCAACAUAAUACUCUAAAUAUGGAUGCAGUACAGAUAAAUAUCUUUGUUAAUAUUUGGGAUGGACUUAAACUUAAAAAGGCUCAAAUGAAUGUUAAGAUCCUACUAACACUUGUUUAAGCUAAUAUUUGUUAUGCAAUUAGUAAGAUAGCUAAUAGUAUACAAUCAAAGCUUAAAAUACUAGUUUAGGAAAUUAUUUAGGAUUAGUUUAGGAUAUUAUUGUUGGUUGGAAGAUUCCUGAUUUAGAUUAUUGCAAUGGUUAGAACCUUUGUUAAAGACCUCAAAGUUUUUGCAGAAAAGCUGGUUUUAUUUUAAAUCCUUUAACUAAUAAUUGUUCAGUUCCAGAUAUAUUAAAAGAUUGUUUGGGGCAAGAAAAAUGCUCAGAUAAAUUUAUGACAAUAUGUAAAAAAUAAUAUGGAUUUUCAAAUCCUUCUAUUAACUAAUAAUCUAAAUGCAUAAUCCCUUAAAAUUGUAGCUAAUUAAAAAAAUAAAAUAUAGUCAAUCACGCGUGUGAAAUAGGAGGAUUUAUUUCUUUAGAUAAUAAUAUGUAUUUCAUAGAUUCAAAAGAUAUUUAUAAUAACUUGAAUAUCAAUAUUGAUCUUAAUUAUAAUAUCACUUUAAGUUAUUGCUUAACUUAAAUAAAAAUUAAUAAUGCUGUUUGUUCUUCAGGUACAUCAGUAUGUAAUUUGAUAGGAUUCAAGGCUAAUAAAGAUGGAACUUGUUAAUAUCCAGAAAUUGACUUUUGUCUCAUACCAGGGAGCGGUAAUUGUAGUCAAAAUAAUAUAUGUUUAAGAUAUUUUAAACUUGAAAAAAGUAAAACUAGCAAUGAUUGCGUUAUUCCAAAAAAUGGUGAUUAUACCAAAUGUUAGUACUUAUUAGAGACGCCUAGAAUUCAAUUGCACUAUUGCUAAACAUACUUUGGAUUUAAAUACACUCCAGCAAGCACGUUAUGUUCUUCAGAACCAUCAAAUACUUUUUGUACAGGAACAUACAGUCAAUUUUGCAACAUUUUUGAUACUUCUACUCCUUGUACUUAUACCACUUAUGUUUAAUAUAAUAAUUACAUAUAAUAUGGUGAUAUUGAAUAAGGCAAUCCUUUUGAUUAUAUAUUUUCGAAAUGUACUAUUGAUUAGUGUUCGGAAAAAUGCAAUCUACUAGGGUUUAAAAACUGCAAAAUUCCUGAUUAUUCAACUUGCAGUUUGUAUGAUGGCUAAAAUUAUAACCACGCUUGCCAUUUGAUGAGAGCUAUGAAUGCAGUUGAUGUCGCUAAUUAAUGCUUAAACUAGCCUAAUUGCUCAAAUAUUUGUUAGUUCUAUGGUUUUAUUUUGGGGUAAGAUAAUAGCUGCUAAAUUCCCGACUCAGCUACAUGUUCAGCUUUAGGUAAAACGCUUGAUGCUUUUUAUCAUGCAUGUGGAUUUUAGAAUUUUUAAAAUCCUGAUAAAAUGUUUAUAUCAUAAUACUGUCUUAGAAGAGGUUUAAAUAUGUGUUCUAGUUAAGAUUCAAUAUGCAUAAAGUACUACAAUUUUGCUAGCUCUUCUGAUGGUAGUGGUGAUUGCUAGAAUCCUAAUGUCCUUAGUUGUCUGAAUCUUAAUUAAAAUAUAAUUCCUAUUAAAUGCUAAGUUAUGGUAGGUUUUGUAUUAAAACCAGUUAAACAAUUAUUUAUCUAUUUGGCUAAAGAGGAUUAUGAAAAUUUAAAUCAAGAUUAAAUAGGUCUAGCUCUAGAGCUAGGAUUAUUAUUAAAUAGCGACUAAAAGCCUAAAACUCCUGAACCAUUUGAUUGUCUUAAAAACCCCAUAUGUGCUACACCAAAAAGAUUUGGUAGUGCUUCUCCUGCGCCCUAUUAAACUUUCUGUAUAAAUUAAGGAUUCUCAGUAGCCUAAGAUGGUAAAAGUUGUUUUGUUGAUGUAAAUACUUGCGUUAAACCAGGCUAAGCUUGCAGUAUAGCAUGUUAAUUCUCAGGAUUUGCACAGAAAAAUAAAACUGACUAAACUUGCUUAAUUAUGGAUAAAGAUUAAUUUUAUUGUGAUUCAACAUAUAAAGUAAAAUCAUCUUAUUGUGACUCACUAGGAUAUAAAUGGGUAAAUGAUCAUUACGAGUACCCGACUCAUGCAGAAUGUGAAGAUAACACAAAUGGCUAUUGUGGUUAAGGUAAAAUUACAUGUACAGAAAGAGGAUGGACUUCAGUUAAUGGUUAAUGCGAAUAUAAAAUAAAUUGCCUUGAUAAGUUCAAUGAAAAUAAAUAACUUUAUUACGAUUGUACAAUCCCUAAUAAUUUAGACUGCACAGUAUAAGGUGUUAAAAAUUGUGCAAGUAAAAAAUAUUCUAUUUGUGUUUAGUAAGCAUUUGCUCAAGGUAAUAAUUCUGAUUGUAUUUGCUCAGGGUAAGUUUAUCAAGGUGCUUGUUAUAUAGUAAUUAAUCGCAACUAAGGAAAUAUAACUACUAGUUAAGCCUCUUUCUUAAAAUUAACUAUUUUAUAUUUAUCUAUCAUUUUUUUAGUGUUAAAGUGA